AUGUGGGGCUUUUUCAACGAUGUGAAGGAAGCAGUACGACAGACAAUAGUACCAAAGAGUGAGGAAGUGAAUGACUCACAGCAAGCUGAGCCUCAGCUUGGACCAAUACCUAGUAUUACAAAUAUUGGUGACCGUUUAACCACUUUUUUGAGUACAAUCAAUACAGCAGCUUCAACAAUCAUAAAGAAUACUCUAGGGGACUCUACUGAAGACCCCAAUAACGAUCCCCCACCUCCACUUCUACGUCUCACAGAUGAGCAGCGAUCUGCUCUUCCACCGGAUGAACUAUUCCGCGGACUCUCAGAGGCUGUGAGCAUUAUUAAUACAAGAUCGGAUAUGGCACUCACAGAGGCUCGUUUUCUUUUAAGUAUUAGUUUAGAAGAACAAAUUGCACACACCAACGACUUUCUUAAUUGCUACAACUGGUGGGAACAACUCGUUAACAAACGUCUCACUGCUUGUCAAGUCAUUCUAAUGGAGUACAGUCGUCUCCCCGGAUGUGAAAGUGAAACUACAAUACAGCAAUUGAAUCAGCGAAUUCAAGAUAUCCGAACAAAAUGUACUCAAGAUAUGGCCCUCAUUGCUGCCAAAGGGCGCCUACUACGUGAUGAACGAUACGAUAUUCUCAACGCAACUUCAGAGUGGUAUAGUCCUCAUUCGGAUAAUCCAAUCAAAGAGGAUCAAAUCGAAAGAAAACACCAACCCCAGUACCCAACUGAUACUACCCCCUUUAACAAAGACGGAAUGUCAAUCAUUCCAAAUAAUAAGGAAAAAAUAAAUACUGCAAAUCAAGAAGAAACAAAACCAGAAACCGAGAAGGUAGAAGAAGAAAAAGAACCUAAACUAGCUGAGGAGGAAGCACGAAGUCCAGCUGAGGCAGAGGAAGCAAGAAGGCUGGCUGAGGAACAAGAAGCACGUAGGCUGGAUGAGGAAGAAGCAAGAAGGCUGGCUGAGGAAGAAGAAGCACGUAGGCUGGCUGAAGAGGAAGAAGCACGUAGGCUGGCUGAAGAAGCACGUAGGCUGGCUGAGGAAGAAGAAGCACGUAGGCUGGCUGAAGAGGAAGAAGCACGUAGGCUGGCUGAAGAGGAAGAAGCACGUAGGCUGGCUGAGGAACAAGAAACACGUAGGCUGGCUGAAGAUGAAGCACGUAGGCUGGCUGAGGAAGAAGAAGCACGUAAGCUGGCUGAAGAGGAAGCAAGAAGGCUGGCUGAGGAAGAAGCAAGAAGGCUGGCUGAGGAACAAGAAGCACGUAGGCUAGCUGAGGCAGAAGAAGCACGUAGGCUGGCUGAGGCAGAAGAAGCACGUAGGCUGGCUGAG